GGGCUACAAGGCCAGAGUAGUUUGCGCGUUCCUGGACUGCCGCCACAGGAAAGCACCCGAGCUCCGGACUCUUAAGAGAUUUCCCCCACUCUCUUCAUACCCAGCCCGAGCUGGCCCAGUCUGGUCCGGCCCGGCCCGGCUAGGCGCCACGUUAUGGAGUUACUGUGGGUUCCCCUCUUGGGCUUAUGUUGCAGUUUGGCCUCCGCUGACCGACACACCGUCUUCUGGAACAGCUCAAACCCCAAAUUUCAGAAUGAAGAUUACACAGUCCAUGUCCAACUAAAUGAUUACUUGGACAUCAUCUGUCCACAUUAUGAGGAUGAGUCUGUGGCUCCAGAUUCCAUGGAGCGUUAUACACUGUAUCUAGUGGAGCAUGAGGAAUAUCAAGAGUGCCAGCCUCAAUCCAAGGAACAAGUUCGAUGGCAAUGUAACCAGCCCAAUGCCCGGCAUGGUCCUGAGAAGUUAUCUGAGAAGUUCCAACGAUUUACCCCCUUUACUUUGGGAAAGGAAUUCAAAGAAGGACACAGCUACUACUAUAUUUCCAAACCCCUUCAUCACCAUGGCGACCAGUGCCUGAGAUUGAAAGUGACUGUCGGUGGCAAAAUCACUCACAGUCCCCAGGUGGAUGCCAGUUCACAGAAUGAGAAUCGACUUCCAGCAGAUGAUGCAAAUGUCCAGGUCCUGCAUAGUGUUGGACACAGUGCUGCCCCUCGGACCUUUCCAAUUGCCUGGGUUGUGCUGCUUCUGCCCCUCAUACUGCUUCAUACCCCCUGAGGGUGAGCAUCCAUCCCAGCUUUUGAGGACUAGAACUGGGCUGGGGAAAGAGGGGCUAACUGCCCCUUUCCAAGGGAGAAAACUGGAAUUCUCUGCCCAAGGAACUCGCGUAGUACAAACCUGCCACCCUGGUGGAAUGGGUCAGUAUUAGGGGUGCCAGAAAAGAUUGGCAGUGCCAACUUGUCCUGCCCCCAUGGUUGAGACGACACAGAUCUCUUCAUUUCUCCUGUUUUGCCAAAGAUCAAGAAUGAAAUUAACCAAGGGCAGCUUCUCCUCUUAGAAGUAGGAAGCUUAUGGAUGGACCCGGGGGAUGCACUCUAUGGAAGAACCAAUAGUGCCCAAGACGGAAGUCUAAAGGAACAGAAAGAGAAACUGAGCUUUUCAUGUGGGAGGGGGAAGAUGGGGAGAAGGAAGCAUUUUGGGUGCGCCGAGUCUGCCUUCCCUACACACUCACAUACAAUUCCAUCUGUAAUGCCAUAUUGGCAAAAGGUUACAGCUUGGGCUCUCCUAAUUCAGAGCCACCCCUCCGGGGGCUAUCUCAGAGCAAUGCCAGACAGUCAAGGAGGGGCAGGGCCCCAACAUGUGCUGUGUAGAAGGGCAGUGCCCAUUGUGUAUGUAUGUAUAUGUAUAUAUAUUUGUGUAUAAAAUCUCUCCCUGGAGAGAUUUCUACAAUUAAAGUUGUUGUUUUUACAUAAGU